AGACUGCGGACUGCUCCGGGACCAGAAGCAAACACUCCGGAGGAUUAUCAGUGAUUAAUAACCGAUCAGAGGGCGGAUAAUCGAUCAGGAGGUUCGGUCGUUUGGAGGGGAUGUCCCGGCUGCUGGAGAGCAGGAGACAGGACAGGAUGAAGGAAAUCAACCUGAAGGUGAGUCAUGAGGAGGAAAAGAAAGAAAGAAACGACCUGGGCACGUGAGGGGCACACUUUUCUCAUCUCUAAUGAUCGGUUCUGAUGAGCUCCGAUCGAUAGAAAUGUCCGGAUAUGAUCGAUCAGUCUAAGUGAAGAACUCCGCCUCACUUUUUUUCCGCUCACAUCUGUUCCGGUUUGUUCCGUUAGUGCUGAUGUUGUAAAGCUGGUCAAUAGUUCUGAUCGGCGAUUGAUCGAUGAUCGGUGUUUGGUGGAUUGGUUUGAGUUUGAUCAGAGAAGAAGUACAGAGUCUAGAAACGGAAAACACUUUUUUUCAGCUCAGACCGAAACCUCUUUAUUUUUACAGUGUGUGUGUGUGUGUGUGUGUGUGUGUGUGUGUGUGUGUGUGUGUGUGUGUGUGUGUGUGUGUGUGUGUGUUCAGCGUGUAUUAUUGUGUGUUUGUGUCUAUAUUAAUGUGUGUUUGUGAGUGUGAUGAUGUCUAAAGUGACUUUCUGUGUGUUUCGGUGUCUGUCCGUUAACGGCAGCAGCGUGGCUGCUUUGUCCUGCAGGAGGAAAGGAGAGGGGGAGGGGAGACUGUGUGUGUGUGUGUGUGUGUGUGUGUGUGUGUGUGUGUGUGUGUGUGUGUGUGUUUUCUCAUACAGGAAGUGUCUGUAAGGAGUGACCUCUGACCUGACUUGGGGGGGGGGGGGGGGGUUCAGCACGUUUUUGUCAUUUUAAAUAAAGUCUGAAACAGAAACAGACUCACAGUCAUUUCUCCUCAAACCUCAUCAAACACAGACAGAGAGAAACUGACAUGACUGACUUCUGAACAGUUUAAAUCUUGUUCAUUUCUUCUGAAUAUUUCUGCAGUUUUUAAGAGGAAACAAAAACAGAAUGAAUGAAUUGAUCGAAGUUCACUCUUUCAAACUGAUCUGUUACUUUUCCUCAUAUUUAUUUUAAAUAAGAUUUUUCUAGAAGAGCGUCCAGAGCUCUGUUUACAUUAAAGGGAUAUUCCGGCAUAAAAUUAAUUCAGGGUCAAACACACGAUUACACCAUAUUAGACACCCCCUCCAGAGAUGAAUGUUGCCGACCGCUUGCUUCUCUAGUUAUACCAAAGGAAGAACAUUUAUGUUCAUUACUUUAUCAAUCAAUCAAUCUGGUGACAUUUUACACUGUUGAUGAUCAAGAGUGUAAAAAAUCUUGAGUCUGAUGACUAAAACCUUUUGUCCAGUAAAGGCAAAAAGAUAAAAGUAAUCCUUUGCUCAAGGCACAAAGUAUUAAAAGCGAUCAGAACCUUUUAAAGCUGGAUAAAAGCGGCAGCUUGCAGGAACUUGUACUCUUGCUCUCUGCUACAACAGAUUAGAUAAAAACCUAUACACGGUAAAAGUUAAACUUAAAAGUCAGCAAACUCUAAAGAUGCAGCCUUAAAAGGUGUUAUCCAGUUAAAAUGGGUUAAAAAGUUGCUCACAACAGAGAGAAAUGGUUGGGUGCCUUACAACGCAGACACAUGCGCACUUUAGCUCAUGGAUUUCAUGGAAAUACAAUCAGACCGAGACACUAAGGCAGAAGAACUACCACGUCUGCAGUGCAGAAUGAUUAAUAUUAGAGAUGCACCGAUCCAUUUUUUCUGACUCAAUCCAAUACUGAUGCCUGGGCCGAUAUCCGGGACCAAUCCAAUACUACUGUUGAAUGAAUGAACUGUAACCUUACCCUGUGAGUGAAGGCAGCAGGCUUGACAUUAGCCUUAAUAAAAAAGGUAACAAAUUAACACAGAUAUAAAUUUACGGAAUAUUAUUUAUUGACAAAUAAAACAUGAGCACACAGCAAAAAGAAGUAAGACUUCCAUGUAUUAAAAGAAAAAAAAGACUGUAUCGGAACGCUGGAUCGGCAUCAUCCAUCGGAUAUCCAAUCCAGUCAAUUUGUCAAUAUCGGAGCCAAUAUCUGGUCCAAAUAUCAGAUAAGUGCAUCCCUAAUUAAUAUGAUGAUUAUUACUUCAAGGAAAUUAUUAAAAAAUUGUCAUAAAUGUUCCUCCUUGAGCUGCAUCACCCCGCUGUAGUCUGUAAUGGACUGGCCUGAGGUCUCACUAUAAACAAGCAGCUGCUGGAAGAGAGUAGGUGAGUUGCGUUUAGUCUCUUUGCUAAAGAAAUUAGUCAAAGUUAAAAAGAUGUUACUCAGUAUUGCCAACCAAGCUACUUUGUCAUUAGAUUUAGCAUGAUGUUACUCUUCUCAACAGGCAAAACACAGACACUCAGACACCCCUCGGAAGACUCCUCCUCCUUCUGGGGAUUGGGGGGGGGGGGGGGGGUGGUGACAGUGGAUUUGACAGAGAAUUUAUGCAAAUUAGGCGAUCUAGAGACUUUCACAACAGCCACUAGCAACUUUUCUUACUAAGGAGUUGGCAACACUAAUCACUUCUUUAUCAUGUCCUUGAAGUAGUAAUCACCAUAUUAAUAAUUUUAUCAUUGCAGACACAGUAGUUCUUCUGCUUUAGCGUCUUGGUCUGAUUGUAUUUCCAUGAAGAAACGAUCAUAAAUGUUCUUCCUUGAGCUGUGUCACCCCGCUGUAGUCCGUAAUGGACUGCCCUGAGGUCUCGCUACAAACAAGCGACUACUGGAAGAGAGUAGGUGAGUUGUGUUUAGUCUCUUUGCUAAAGAAAUUAGUCAAAGUAAAAAAGAUGUUUGGUGGCUAGUACUAUGGCUGGGACCAUGUACAACAUGGUGUAGUUCCGUUUAGUAACAGAACCUCAUUGGAAAAUUAGCGGAUUUACCUUAACUGUGCUCUUGUUUAAAAAUACCUUUUCCUUUUACUACAGUAGAAGUUUCUUGGCCCAGCUUAUAGUCUACAAAAGUGAAGAAACGCCCCCCGCUUAAGUUUAUGUUUUCUUAGGAGUUAGAACAACUCAGAAUAUAGUACUAUGGCUGGGACCCUAUAUGUACUGUUGAUGAAGUUAAGUGCUGUUCUGAACAUUAUUUGUGGCUAUAGAGUGGCGUUUUUGGUUGAGGUUUGUUUAUGGCUCCUCAGACUGCUGUGUAUUCCUAUCCUGCAGUCGUUACUAAAGUUGGUAUAACUAGAGAAGCAAGUGGUCGGCAACAUUCAUCUCUAGAGGGGGGGGGGUCUAAAACUCAGUGUUACAAUGUGUUUGACCCUUAAUUAAUUUUACGCCGGAAUAUCACCUUGACUUUACUGACAGGGGCUUCAAUUGGCGCUGUGAGUGUUUUAAAUGUUAUUUUCAUGUUUAUUAUGGUGAACAACUAUCCAGAAGACACUUUUUGAGAUGAUUUCUACUUUUUGAAUCUUAAAUAAACUGGACAGACAUUCAGACGUCGUGUUGAAGCUCCUGAAGUGUUUUUUUUGUAUUUUCCACAGAGAAGAAACCAGAGUUGGUUCCUCACAGAGUUUCUCAGACUCCACUGUUCGCUAACCGGUAAUUUUGGUGUCAGAUAUCAAGUUUGACAACCCUUGACUGUUCAGUCUCUUAGACAUUCACAUUCCUGGAAGCCUGCUGCACAGACCCGGACUGGUAUAGGACUCCAAAGGGGAGGUCCCUGAUGAGCUUUACCAUUUAGAGAGGCUUUAGGUCUGAUGAGCAGGUCUGCUUUUAUAUGAGCUGCUGUCUGACUAAGAGGAGCUUUAGAGAAGUUUGUAAAGGAGGCUGGAGUAGAGCUGCUAAAACAGGACCACUGUGCUUUCUUCUCCUGGUUCUGGUCUGUUCUGGAGCUGCAGUGUUUUGGACCGGCUGAAGAGUCCUUAAAGACUCAUUAGGACAGCCAUAAAAUAGUCCAGUCUGGAGGUCACUGAUGCUUCGGCAAGUAUUCUGUGUCUGAUUUUUGGAAUAUUGCAUAAGUGCACAGACUCAGCAGUUCUUGGAAUUUGUUGGUUGUGAGAGCUGAGGACUAAGUCCUGAACAAACUGGACUCCCAGAUCCCUAACGGUGGGUCUGGAUGCCUGGCUGAUGCCAUCUAAGGCGGUUACAUCAUUUCAAAAUGACUCAGAGGGAUUUGGAGCCAAAAACAACAAGAACUUCAGUUUUAUUUUAGACCAGAACAGAAAACUAAAACGCUUGGCCUGCUGGUCGAGGAGGUCACAGAUUCUGCUGUAGUGGCUGCAGGCUGAAGGAUCGAUUCCCGAUCCUGGCAGGGUUUGGUACACGUCAAUCUCCCUCUCUCUUUCUCCCAGUGUGCCUCAGGCUGUCCAGUCAGAUAAAGAGAAUAAAAAACAGAUAAAUAAGGAAAACAAAAGAAAGGAGUCUUUGUCCUGCAGGGUUUGAGACUGAUCAAGUUUAUAUGUCGACACUGAGUUUGAUCUUCGUCCUCAAAAACAACCAGAAAAGCUGAAGUUUGAACGCCGGGUCAGGAGUUGGAGAUAUAACUUAGUGAUGAACCAUGUAGGGCUGGGUGAUAUGGGAAAAAGUUUAUCACAAUAUAUUUUUUUCAUAUCAGUUGAUAUCGAUAUAUAUCAGGAUAUAAUAAAAUUGAAGUGUUUAUUGGUCGCAUGUGUUUUCCAAUACAAUAAUCUACUGUAUCUGUGAGGUCUUCGUGUCUCUUUGACAUUUUGUCGUAAGGCGUUGCUCUAAAGAAAGCGGCCUGAAUGGUCGGCUGUUUAGGCUGCACAGGCACCAUGGGCUCCUUGCUCCUCUCGGGGUUUGUAACCUAUUACAUUGCACAUGCUCUGCCGCGUGGUGCUGCUUCAGGUGGUGAAAAAGAUUUGAGGUAUUCCCCGACCUUGUGAGAACAUGUACUCGACAUAAUUUUCAGUACACAUUACUCUGCUUCAUGUCCGACUUCAAAAAACCAAAAUACCUCCACACCACUGACAUUUUUGUGCCAGGGUUGUCGACGAUGUCAUCAUCUGUUGAGCCUUCAUUGUCAUUUCUGUCGAGAGUAGCACUCAUUUUCUUUUUUUCUCACCAACAUUGCUGUCGGCUUCACCUGUUAAAGUGCUAUGGUUGGGUGUAGCACAGUUGUUUGAUACUCGGUUCUGAUUCAGCACAUGAUUGGUUCAGGUGAAGUGGACCAGGAGAAACUCCCCUUUUCAUUGGCUAUUCGUAUGGUCUACCAAAACAUGGUAGAAUGCCGACUAUUGAAAAAGCACAUUGACCAUGAUUUAUAUUGAGAUUGAGGGAAAUUAAUUUUCGAUAUAUAUUGUCAUUGUUUUAUCACCCAGCCCUAGGACCAUCGAAGGACACCUUCAGAUAGACAAGAUGAGGGGGUGUCAGGGUCACAUUAAGGUCAAACAAAGGGCAAGUUUUGGAGGAUAACGUCUUCUUGCAGGAAAAUGAGUUUAUUAUCAACAACCUGAAUUUUACAGAAAACUGCAGGUCCCUUAUUUUAGUUCAGGCAGCGUUCAGUGAGACCUAAAACUGCACAGAAAAUUUGGAGAUUGAAAAGGAGUAGGUUAAAGUUAUUUACCUUAUACGUACCGGCACGUAUUCCUUCCUAUUCGUUUACUCUUUACAAGUCUUUAGAAUUUCUGACGUUUUUAAAAAGAAACCAGAGCUCCCAAGUCUAACAUGAAUAUAUAACUAAUCAUUAAUACUAAAACAAAGACCUUAUGUAUACAUAUAUACACCCAUACCUAUAUACAUGCAUAUACACACAAAUAUACACUUUAUAUAUAUACCUAAAAUACUUUAAAUCUCUCAUGUGUACCAUUCCCAUAUACAAUGUAAUAGGUGUUGCCAAACAAAAAUCACUUUUUUCAGUAUUUUUCAAUCAAACUCUGCUUUAAUUUACUUUUAAACUGUGCAAUAGUAGUAAAGAAACAUUAUUUUUAGUGUUGUACGAAUGCCUGGUUGUUUUAAAGUGCAUUCCCCUCUUAAGACAAACCUUCCCUCGCUUCCAUUAAACAUUUUCUGUAUAUUACUCAGGAGUAGAUUCUUAUCAGCUAUAUACACUGUCUGUGCAGUUCUAAAUUCAACAAGAUCGGCAAAUUUUGAUACUCUUGAUUUCUAAAACAUCAUCAUCAUCAGUUUGUAGUAAAACAUUUUAAAUCGUAAAUAAGAAACUUUGAGUCUGAUAGUAAACAGCUGUUUUCAGAGGUCACAUGACUCUGAGCUGAAUGAAGUUAGAUCAGUUUCCUAUCUCACCUGAUUCCCCUUUUAAAAAUCAGCUGCUGUAUUGCCCCCCCUCCCCCCCACUCCUUUAUAUCCAUCCCAUGACCCCCCUCUCCCUCGGCUCACAGAGUGUCUUUAUGUCCUCUCUCACUGAGGUCUUUAUUUAUUGAUCAGCUGAUCGCUGUCAGCAGAUCAGUUUACAACAUUAAGCUGAAUAAAUCAGAGACACCUCAUUAAAUAAUUCACUCAACAUAUAAAACCAGCGUUUAAGACAAACUGGGACACAGUGAGAAAAGUGAACACAGACAGAGGUCAGUGUUUUUAACAUCAUUUAGAUCUGUGAGCGUCUCAAAGACGACAAAUGUGUCGCUCAGUUAAAGAGAGAGAACAAACAUUUGUUGAUUUUUUUUUAUGCGCACAUGUGACCCUAAAUACAUUUUACAAUUCGAACACAUCUAUUUUUAGCCGCAAAUGCGAGUGAAACGGUCGCACUGUUGAGCCCUGCUUCAGUACAGAGAUAUUUCCAGAUCCUCUGAAUGAUAUGUUUUACUGUAGACAAUGAAAUCCAAUCGUGAACUUUAUUCUGAAACUGUUGAACUGUUCGUUAAUGCAGUCUCUCACAGAGUGGUACAGAAAUGUUUCACAUAGAUUCGUUGUCUUUUCACUAACGUCACCGUCCAGAUCUGUUUUUAUCCAGCGGACAUUUGAGCGUCUUAUCUGUGAUUAAAUAAAAAUUUCUUUGAAGUUUAAUUUUAUUGAUUUAAUCAAAGAUCAAAUCUGAAAAAAACAUUUCCAACUCUCCUCCGCUGUCCGACUCUGUAUGACAGACCGAAAGUGACAACAUCGCACUCGGCCUGGAAACACAAGGCGGCUUUAAGUACUGAAAACUUCCCCCAGAGUAAAUUAGAUCAGAAUAGAUCAGAAUAGCACCUUUAUUCCCAACCACACAUACAUGUGUUAAUUACACAAUAUUGUAUUUUACAAUUAUGAAGUUUUGGAUUUAUUGAGCGUGGUUAGUGCUGUGGGAUAGGAGCUGUCUCUGAAGCAACUGUGCAGCUGACGCACCAUACACACACACACACACACACGUUUAUAUGUAUAUGUGUAUAUAUAUAUAUAUAUAUAUGUAUAUAUAUGUAUAUAUGUGUAUGUACGUAUGUGUGUAUAUAUGUAUGUAUGUAUAUAUAAAUGUAUAUAUGUAAAUAAAUGAAUAUAUGUAUAUAUAUGUAUGUACGUAUGUAUAUAUAUAUGUAUAUAUAUAUCUGUAUGUAUGUAUAUAUGUAUGUACGUAUGUAUAUAUAUAUAUAUAUAUAUAUAUAUAUGUAUAUGUAUAUAUCUGUAUGUAUAUAUAAAUGUAUAUAUGUAUAUAUGUGUAUAUAUAUAUAUAUGUAUAUGGGUCAAUGACGUGACGCCUCAAUAUUCUGUCCGGCUGUAUUUUCUUUAUGUUACAAAGAGUUUUAAAUUUAAAAAAAUAUACUAUCUAUUUGUAGUAUCUCUCUAAUAUAUGGUGCCACUUCAACUUUUCAAAAAUCUGGAGUUUUUUGUAAUUUUUCUGAACUUCAAAGGGUCAAAAUAUCAUGUGGUGCGACCGUCCGGCCAUGACUUCUAUUUUGAAAACUUCUUUGAAAUUACUCUAAAUCUAUUACAAUUUAGUUUCUGCAAUAUUCGGCAUAAUUUUGAAAGUGUUUUUUAUUCCUGUACAAAAUUGCAAAGCUUUUGCAGUUAUAUUUUUUCAUAAUAUACAAACGAAUUGUGUCCGAUCGUGUCCAUUUCAUUAAAUAUCAUGUGGUGCAACCAUCAAAAAAUGACCAUUUUUGACACUUUUAUGCUGAAAUCUACUCAAAGACAGGAUGUUGGAUCAUUCACCAUUUUGUCGUAGAGCUAUGGAAGCAGAAAGAGGGUUGGUGGUUCUCUCAUUUCUUUAAAAAAAAAGACCUUUUCAACUGCUGUAAUAGUGUUGACACUUUUCGAUGUCGUGGUAUGACCUAAAAAAAAAACAAUUAAUUUAAGUUAUUUCCACAAAUAAGUAUUUUAAUUAUAAAUUUCAUAGUGACCUUUUGUGGGAAGCUAGUGAGCUUUGUUUAUGUGACUAAUCCUGUAUCAGUAAGAUUUGACUGAAUUUGAAAUGUCAUGCGGUGCGACCAAUUAUCAUGUGGUGCGUCCACUGCAGAUUGUUUUCCAUCAUAAAUAUAUGCCCUCGAUUGGCAGUAUUUACGCUUUUUAUAUUCAAUUGAUGAUUGAUAAACACUAAGUACUUAAUUUUUACGGAUGGUGAGAGGAGCGCUUCGCCGAGAGCGUUAUAUUCAUGAUCGUUCAAAUCCGUUUGAUUUACCUGAUGACGUUCUCUAUGAACGUUACAGGUUUUCCUCGGACGGCCUCAAUAGUCAGGUAACAUGAAGUCGAAGCAAUACACUAAUAUUUGCCAAGCUCCAAGUUCAAGUUUCAUGCGGCAUAUCAGUCAUCAUUCAGAAUUUAUUGAAGCAGAUUAGAAAACUCCUCUUAACCCCAAAUGUGUCUGCAGAUGACAUGUGACCAUCAGAUGAUGGAGAAAAAAGAAAAAAAGGCAGUGUGAGGAAAUCACUGUUAAUGCGUUGAAAUGUGUACAAAUAAAAUCUUCCAAUAAACCAGCUAACCACUUUGAUGGAUGUUUUUAGAUUUAUUUUUAUUUGCUCCCACGUACUCUUUUCCCCACUGCUGUUGUGUCUGAAAUAAUGAGGUCAAUGAUGGAGGUUAUCACACACGCUGCAUGACAACAUAUUAGGGGGCCAUAAAUUUAUGAACGCACAAAUGUAACUUACACAGUCGAUGAUUUUUUUGCCAGCAGUCCCUCCGGCUUUCAGCGGCUGCAGCUGUCCUGCUCCUCUCUGAUAUAAUGUUGCGGUACUCCUUGUAUUAGCGUAAAACGAUGCUCUGUUCCUCGGCUGUGAAAUAUGACGUGCAGCCUUCUUCAUUGUGGAGAUUGGUCCGGUGGCACUGACCCCGCCCCCUUUACGUGUGCGCGCACAGAUCUAGAUUGACCACAACUGAAUUUAGUUAGCGAGUUGAUAUCCUGCCUCGUAGUACAGCUGAUCGUGGUUACGGAGAUCUGGUGAAGUUUAGCGAGUUGUGAGUUAUCCUGGGUGUGUUAAUCCAGCUUCAUAGUGCAGGCCUCUGGACCACAUACACAAAAACACACAGAGUUAAAUUUUUGUAAAAAAGGGAAAUAAAAUGUUCGCGUUCAUGUUUGAAAUGUUAAUAAAAUUCUGUUUUAAUAUAAAAUUUGCAUUAAAUUUAUUCUUCAUAGGUCUCUUUAAACUGAUUUUUAAUGAUACAAGGUCUUCAAGUCAUUUGGCGCGACCACCAAUCAUGUGGUGCGACCAAUAAUAACAUUAAUUAUAUCAAAUACAAACUAAAAUAUCUCAUUUCUGUAACUGAGACAUUAAUACCUGAUACAAUAUGCUUACAUGAAAGGUAGUUUCAAAACAUUUUUAUCAGUAUUAUGUAAUUUAAAGAAAAAAAUAGUCAGUGAACUACAUUUGAUAUAGCGACUGUGACAUUAUAGAGCUAAAAUAUGAAAUCAUUAUUUACAAAAACUCAAAUAAAAUGCAAACGCUUUGUUCCUAUGUACUUGAUAUUACUGACAAUUUGUAAAAAACUAUGGAGUAUGUUGAAAAAAUGUAAUAAUUUUGAGAUAAAUGAUGGUCGCACCACAUGACAUUUUUUAAGGCCACAGGCAAUUCAUCUAUAUGAAAAACACUAAAAUUGCCUAAUUUAAAAAUUAAACUUUAAUUUUUGUAUACAUAACAUCCUUAGUGUUUGAACUGUUGCAAAAGAUAUUCUUAUUUUUGGUAAUUUAAAAUUGGCAUGUUGAAAAACCUUAUACGUCAUUGACCCAUAUGUAUAUAUGUAUAUAUAUACAGUAUAUUAAUGUAUGUAUAUAUGUAUGUAUGUAUGUGUAUGUAUGUAUAUAUGUUUGUAUAUAUAUUUAUAUGUAUAUAUGUAUGUAUAUAGUAUGUUUAUAUAUGUAUUUAUAUAUGUAUAUAUUUGUGUGUAUGUAUAUAUGUGUAUAUAUGUAUAUAUAUAUGUAUGUUUAUAUAUAUGUAUGUAUAUAUGUAUAUAUGUGUGUGUGUGUGUGUGUGUGUGUGUGUGUGUGUGUGUGUGUGUGUGUGUGUGUGUGUGUAUUUUAACAGCAGUUUAACUCUAAGUGAAUAUUAGAGACUGAAACUCAGAAUGAGCUGAACUGUUGCACUCAGAUACAUUCUGCUGAGAGCUGCUUGAAAGUCCUUAGAGCUCACACACACACACACACACACACACACACACACACACACACACACAAACACACACACACACACACACACACUUCCCUUUCCUGCCCCUCCCUGCUCUGAGUGGAAGUAUAUGAGAAAAACAUUCACAAGAAAAGAGAAGUUAGAAGGACGGACAGACAGGACAAAAGACAGACACACAAACAAAGACACACAGACAAAGACACUGUCACAGAGACACACACACACACAGACACAUACACACAGAUGCACACAGACAGUGUUGUUUCCUAAAAGACCACUGUUUAUCCAUUUUGUCGUUGGAUUUCUUUUCCCUCCCUCAGACCCACGGAGGCCUCUGAUUGGUGGAUUGUGGUUUUAGUUCCUGUUCAGGAUGACAGAGUCCUUUCCUGCCUGACUGUCCAGCCCGUAUAGGAGUGUACUUUUCUCAAGAUUACUGAUAUUGUUUUCUCACUCAGGAUCAGACCAUGAUCACCUCACAGGUCUCGUUUUCAGGGAUUUGACUAAAACAUGUGAUCUGGUUAGACAAACUAAACUCUCCUGUAGUUCACUUCAGCAGCGUGGUGAGCCCCAAGGUUCAACUCUGGGUCCUCUACUUUUGUUAAUGACCUCUUUCUUAAUUAGCUUGGAGCACUGUGUUCAGCUGUAUGACAACAAAACAAGAUUACAAAUAUAAUUGACAUAAUUCUGUUCAUAGAAUUAUUAUAACAAACAUGUAUAACAAACUCUGCAGAUUUAUUCUUCUUCACCACUGCAUCAUAUUUGAAGACUUUAACUCUCUCUUUCAUAAAGAGGCCACUGCGGUGGUUACAGUUUAUUUAUACAUGUGUACACUAUAAUUACCCUCUUUUUUAACAUAAUCUUUAACAGUUCAUGGUUUCUUUUCCCUCGAGUACACCACAGCUGUUUUUUCUGCUCAGAAAGCCUCUGUAGAAACACAAUAAUCGACCUGCUAACAUUCAACCGUUCAUCCAUUCAUGUUUAUUUAACUUCAUGUUCAUUUUUUCAUGUAUGUCGUUGUCCUUUUUCAUUUGGUCCUGUCCAUGUUUAACUCUGUGACGCAUACGUACAGCUGUUUUGGUAACACUUUACAAUAAUCAUAACUUAUAAAUGGUAAGCAGAUAGUUUAUUAAUGUUUAACCAUCAUUUAUAAAUAGCAUAUAGACCAUUAAUGAAUUGUAAAUUUUACAAUUUUAAAAACCUUACUUUACAAUAACCAACUAGGUAAUGUUUAAAGGUGGUUUAAAAACCUAAUAUUAAUCAUUUACAAAGUGCUACUGACACACUUUUCAAUUUAGAGGUUUUACAACCAAUAUUUAAACCCUAUAUCAACCUUUAAUGAAUAGUCCAUUAAUAAUUAAUGAAAAUUAUUAAUCGUAAUUUCAUUGCUUGUUAAUGGUAAAGUAACUAUUAACUUACAUUAAUAAACUGUCUAUUCGCCAUUUUUAAUUGGUCUAUAUGCUGUUUUUAGGUGAUGAUUAAACAUUAAUAAAAUAUUGAUUUACCAUGAAUAAAAUACGGUUAUUGUAAAGUGUUACCAUGUUUUUGCUGUUUCAGACUGGAUAAAUCUGAAGGGAGUUACGGUCUCCUGUCUCACCAUGAAACCUGAUUUCUUUCUUGGCUGUCUGUGUGAUUGAUUGAGAAUCUGCUUCAUCUCCCUCUUUUGUUUUUCUGAUAUUCAGGUUUCAGAGUUUGUUUGUGUAGAACUGUUGUUGUUGUAUUUUCAUUUACUUUCUCAGAGGCUGAACUCACCAGAGUAUUUAGGUUAUCAACAGAACAGUACAGUUUUAUCAUCUGCAAAAAGCAUGUAAUCAAGAACACAUGGUGGAUUACACAGGUCAUUUACAAAAACUAAAAAGAGUCCUGAUAUAGAUCCCUGUGGCACCCCUAUUAUAAAUAUCUAUGUCAGCUGUACACACUGUUGAUGUAGGAGUUUCCUUUGCUGCCAUAUUUACAUAUUUUGGAGAUUAUAAUGAUUUAUGAGCUCAAAUACUGAACAGUCAGACUGAGUGUCUCUUUUUUUCUAUAGCGUAUAGAGUUUAUCUGGUCUUACUCUGUGUAAAUAUUUCUGAGCCAGUUCCUGUUUUCAAUAUUAUCUCUAUAACACCUGGUAAUCAUGACAGACAUGUAUACACACACACACACACACACACACACACACAGGUUUCUAUGUAGGCCUCAUGUGUGCGUAUUUGUAUAUGGGUGUGUAUGCAUGGUGUAUACUUCCACUUUGUUUACGUGUGUGUGUAUUUGUGUACUAUUUGUGUAUAUUUGUGUUUAUAGUGUUCAAAAAAUCUCUGAGCAGCAAACAUCAGGACUUCCUCAAACAUGAGAACCCGUUCUCCUCCUCGUCCUCCUCGUUGUUGUCGUGAGCGUUAAGCUUGUUAAUGAGUUUUCUUUAGUUAUUGAUGACAGUUGUUGUCCUGUUGCCCUGGUUACAUAUUGCAGAAUGUGUGCAGAGCAAAGAACAGAUAGUCCAACAACAAAUACUGAUCACGUUUUUAUGAUCAGGAAUCAGUGGAGACACUGCAGCCAAUCAGCAUCAAGUAUUCUCCUGCCCAAGAUCACUUUAUUAAAUAAAAAAACAUUAGAAAAAAGUUCAGUAAGUACAGAGACAAACAAAAAUAACUCUCUUUCCUGUCCCUCAGAGUUUGUUCUCUGAUUGUGCGUGUGUGUGUGUGUGUGUGUGUGUGUGUGUGUGUGUGUGUGUGUGUGAGAGAGAGAGUGUGAGAGAGAGAGUGUGUGUUUGAACACACUCGCUCUACUUUCACAGUGUGUCAAUCAUUGACAGAUAUUGAGGGUUUAUGGCAGUGAUUUUAAUUACCUGGACAGGUUAGUGUUUAACCGCCAUCACGGCUGACUUCAUUACCAUUUCUGAGGCUGUGAUUGGCUGAUCUGUUUGAGUCCAGGUUUAAUGAUGUCUCAGGAGGUCAAAGGUCAUGUCUGAAUCCUUGUAAGAUUAAAAUGAAAUCUUCUGCUGUUUCUAAUUGCACAUAUUUCUAAACAGAGAGACUUAAUCUUCGAACAGAGGUUUACAGAGAUUUGUUUUAUUAUUACUAAAAGGCUCCUAAAUAACUGACCAGUCCUAAAGUUUAAUAGUUUUGAUUAUAAUGUUAACCCUGAUUGUUAUUUUCAUCCUGAUCCAGUUCAGAGGAAAUGAGUCCUCUCCUGUCUCUCCUCGUUCGUCUUUGGUGACUCAGGUGGUCUUGGGAAACUCUUAGUUAGACCGGUUCCUGGUCUGCAUUUUCUGUUUCAGAUAUAGAAUUAAGUCUGUCUGAUUCUUUAAGCCUCUGACUCUGAACAAACUUUACAGCAGACUGUGGUUUUGUUUGUUACACCAAAGUCAGAUGAGACCAACCCUCCACUCAGAUCUAUGUGAUCUUUGUCUGUACAGGAAGUACAUGAGGACGGAGGGAAUGUAGAAUUUCAUUUUCUAGAUUUGAUCAUUUAUUUGGUUAUUAAAUCAUCAGAGGAGAGACAUCUAUUCAUGAACCCGUGUUCAGGGUUCUGGAGUGGUCCAAUCCUGUAACUCCAUCAUGCACAUGUCAUACUGUAGUCUAUCCUGUAGGGGGCGUCUGUCUUCAGUUCUGUCUCAGCACAGUUAGCAGAGACUCACCUCCUUACCCUCUUUUCUCUCCUGGUUCUGAGCCUUUCCUGGGACUGGACUCUGCAGCAUUGGGGUUUUACUCUCAGUUCUGAGGAAGCAGACCAGGUCUGGGUCCAGUAUAAAGUACUGACAAACAAACUGGACUUUUGGGAUAAGGGGGUGUUCCUGAGCAUGGUCCAGACGGUCUGGUGUGAGAGCACCCUCUAUGUGGACUCUGAGCCGACAGUUUCAGGAUGUGAACUAAUGGGUCGAUAACAGAACCAGAGAGACGACUGGGUCAUUAAAGAUCACAUGACUAAAAACUGAUCGACACGUUUUUUGUUUGUUUUUUUUUAACUUAAUUUUAACCACAAUAAUACAGUGUGUACAUCUUAAUACAUUUCUUUUCCUUUUUUUAGCUGUAUGUAUUUUUACAACAUCCACAGAUAAUGUUAAUAAUCAUCGUAAUCAUCACAAAUAAACAAUUUCCACUCCAAAAUACAGAUUUAUAGACACAAAAUUUAGUCAGAGGCAGGAUGACAGUAUUUUGAUAUGGAUAGGAAGUUCUUACACCAUGAACAUAAACUGUUAUUGCAUUAACAAAGGUCCCACAAGUUUCCAUCUUUCAAUAAAGGAGGCCCUCCGAAGCUUUAGUGAAAAUGGGAUCUGCUCCAUUUAAUAAAUAUCCAAGACUGUUAGAGUCCAGAUAUUGUACGAGGAGGUUCUGAUGGUUCUAGACUCAAUAAUAUGUUUAAUUUUUCUAACCUCCUGCCAAACCUUCAGGCAUUACUCCCAGUAUUGAGACCUUGAAGUCCUGUGGGAUCUUCAUUUUAAAAACCUCCUUCAGAUACAAAAGUAUACAAGUAUUGUUGUUUUAUAUCUCGGUAAAACCCCAGAAACAGUCCUACAUAAGAACAGGUACCUGUUAAAGAUUCUUUUGGCAAGUGGUAGGAAAGCCAUAACAAGAAGGUGGUUGCAACCAGAUUCUCCAACAUUGAACCAGUGGCACAGGAUUGUCCGAGAAAUUCACUGUAUGGAGAGACUUACUUUUGUUUAAAGACUCCAGUUGGAGAAAUGUUUGGAACGCUGGGAAAAAAGGACCGGGUAUGCACCUUGAAUAGUGUGACAUUUGUCUAUGAUUUAUGUGUGUGUGUAUAUAUGUAUUUAUGGGUAAAAGAAUAUUUCCAUUUCAACUGUAUCACCCAUGAUGACCUCAUGUUCCAUAAAUAAAUAAAAAGUAAAAAAAAAAAAAAAGGAAAACUUUCUUUAGGGUGUUGAAAAACUCCAUCCCAAACACUCUUAAUUCAGGGCGGAGCCAAAACAGCCAAAAUCUCUGCUUUUCUGAGAUAUCUAGUCAUUAUUUUACAUUUGAAUUCCCUCCAUUAGUUUGUAAACCUGAUGUGCUUCAGUACAGACACUGUGUUAAUCCCAUACAGUCUAUGGUUAAUCCUCCAGAGAAAUGUCUGUGUUGACCUCCACCUCCCAUCUCCCCUUUGUUUGUUAAGAGUUAUUUGAUCCACAGAUAAUAAGAGGAUGUUGUAUAUAUUUUAGAAAUCGUUUUAUUUUCUCCCUCUCCAUUUUGUAUUCCCAUCAGGUACUUUUCUAGAGGUGUAAGUUUUAUAAAUUUAUCCCAGUCCUUGUGAGUUGUCAGAAAGGUUCAAUAUUGCAAGUAUCUAAAAAAAAUUUAACAUUAGGGAGAUCAAAAUUGUUUUUUAGCUGCUCAAAUGUUUUCAGAAUAGUACCAUCAAACAGUUGAUGGAGAUAGAUUAAUCCCUUUUCGGCCCAUAUUUUAAAACUGUUAUCCAAAUUAGGGUGCAAAAGUCCAAAUAUAACCAAUACUUAUGAGAGGCAAGAUUAACUUUGGUAAUUUGAGAGCAUACUCUUAUUCCAUAUUUUGAAAGUGACCUUCGUCCAUUCUGACAUCCCUGUAGUGAGAGCGUCUAGAAAGGGCGUGUUUUGUAAGGGAUCCUGACAUAUUUUUUUCCUAUGUUUGAUCAAUUUGUUUUGACAUCUUUAUAUUGAUUAAGCCUCACAUAAACCUGUCAAUCAUCUCAUUGCAGAAUAAGGAGAAGGAGCGUCUGAAGGAGAGAGAGAAGGAGGCGCGGGAGAGAGAGGCCAGGUACAGUAAUGGUCACCUGUUCACCUCCCUGACCGUCUCCUCCACCACCCUCUGCUCCUCCUGCAACAGGAGCAUCACGGCCAAGGAGGCGCUCAGCUGUCCGGGUAAGACCUGCACAUGAACACUUGAGCUAGUCUGGGAGCUAGUCCAGGCAGGCUGUCUAGUUCACAUCAUCCCCACGCUCACCUGACCCUGAUGUUCUCCUCGUCAGAGGAGGUUCAGUUUUUGUCUCAAAUAUCCCAGCAUGCACCUGCAGGAUUGGGGGGGUUCAAGAUAUUAUAUUUUCAUCACUCUGUGAGGAGAGGUCAGGUCCUGGUCAAUAAUUUCUUUAGCAAAGAGACUAAACACAACUCACCUACUCUCUUCCAGCAGCCGCUUGUUUGUAGCAAGACCUCAGGCCAGUCCAUUACGGACUACAGCGGGGUGACGCAGCUCAAGGAAGAACAUUUAUGAUCAUUUCUUCAUGGAAAUACAAUCAGACCGAGAAACUAACCCGGGAUUUCCACCGCAUCCGGAACGGCUGCGAUUUUCGCUGUCCGCCAAUUCCUACUGGAUCCGUUUGUGAGGCGAAUUUCGUGGCGGAUUAAUGUAACCAAUACUUAUGAGAGCCGAGAUUAACUUUUGUAAUUUGAGAGCAUACUUUAUCUUAAUCACUGUAAUCGCAAGAACUCACAAGAACCCGCGGAUUCACAUGUAAAUGUGCGAUAACAAGUAGUCUCUAUAAAGACAGACACAUAAGCAGUAGAUUGUGUCCUUCCAGAGGAGGAAAUCUACUUCUAGACUUAAAGAAUCAGCAUCUCCUCAUCCAUGGUGUCAUUGGGGUGAAAUGAUGUCUAUAAACCUUUCACUUGCUUGUCUCUGCCCGUUUGCAUGGUGUGAAAUACGAUCCUCCUGAAACACGGAGUGUUUAUUUUGAAAAGAAGCUGGAUGUUUUAUUUUGUGUCUGUGCACGACUUCCUUUCCAGCACGGGUUAAUCUGUGCUGAAUUUAUCCGACAUGCUCCGGCGUCCGGAAAAAAUAGAACUCUUGCGAUCAGCUGCAGAGUCCGGUGAUCCACAGGGGAAUGGAAAGAAGUUAGUGGAAAUUGACAUGUUAACUUAAAUGUUUACGAUCAGCUACGAUCAGAGGAUACGACCUUUUAGUAGAAUAAUUUAGAAUAAUUCUCAUCAGCAUUUAUCACAGCCUCCUCACUCCUAUAUAAUUAGUCUUUUAUAAACCUUAAUUAAUUAAUUAUAUAUUGUCUUAAUUCUCUGACAUCAUUUCCUGUUUGAACAUGUUUCUGUCGUCUAAAGCGUCUCUAAAGCGUGAACAAUUUCAGAUUUGAAUGUGUGUAAGAUAGAGACAGAUGGUGUUUAAUCCUCCUGCACAAUGAACAGAUGUACAUGUGAAGAUUAACAUGCACGCACGCACACACACACACACACACACACAUGCAUGCACAGAGUCAGUAGGAACAACAGUAGACUGAUCCAUUUAUGUUUCCAGUCUAAGGUGAGGGUUUCUGGAAUCCUGUCUGAAUGUCUUAGAGGUGUGAUGCGGGGGCAGAGUCUCCCUGGGGGGCCCAUUGGGGGCCCGGGGGGGGGGGGGCAUUGAGAACCUACAGAAAGGAACUUGGCUGUUUAUGUGUGUGUGUGUGUGUGUGUGUCCUAUAUUGUGACCAGCUGCUCUCGAUGAACCUUGAGAAUUAGGUCAUGGGGACACAUGUGCCACAGAGUGUGUGUGUGUGUGUGUUUGUGUGAUGGUAACACACUGUGUUUCUUUAGGUUUUUAAAGAGGUGAAGAAGAGUCAAGUCCAUCAUCACCACCUGAUUACACAUCAAGAUUUCCCAGCAUGCACUUGGACAGACAGGGCUCACCUGAACAGGUGUAUGUCAGGGGUCAUGUGACUUAGGUGUUAGCACAAGUUUGCUUAGCUUCGUACUAACGUUAAUCACUAAUUAAACACUGAUUGGUUGUUAGUUCAGAUGAACAGCUCAUAGCAGCACUAAGCCCCUCCCCCUUUAAACACCUGUAUGUGUCUGUCUCACCCAGAGGCAGGGUUUUUUUGUAGGAUGAUAGGGGAAGGUCCCACCCUCCUUCGCCUCUGAUUGGCUCGAAGUGCUGGGCUCUGACUGUUAUUCCUUAUGGCUGUGAAACCUCAUCGUUUGUCGGAUUUGGGUUAGGUUCGAUGUACAGAGCUGACAGCCCGCGCUCGGCUUGAGGGUGUGAUGACGUUUCACAGCCAAUCAGAGUUGAAGGAGGCGGGACCAUCCCCUACUAUCCUACGAAAAAAAUAUCGCCACCUGGAGGAUGAGUCACUUGAGCAGAAUCAUCUACAUCACUAACAGCAUCAGACCGCCUCACUAAAGUUAGCGAAUAGAGACAGUGUCCAUGUCAGAUGUGCUCACUCAGGUGGACAGGUGAGUCACUGAGGUUAAAAUAAUAAAUAAAACUAAAUCUUUACCUCUUUUUCUCUUCAGCCUGUAAUGUCACCAUCCACAACCGCUGCAGAGACAGUCUGGCCAGCUGCACUAAGAUGAAGCAGAGGGUAAGACCUGAGCGUCUAUCUGUCUGUUUGACUUCCUGUCUGUCCAUAUUUUUCUGUCUCACUUCCUGUUGGUCGAUCUCUCGUCACUUAGCAACAGAAGCUGUCGAUGGUCAGGAACAGCACAGCCCUACAGAGCGUGGCUAUGCGCAACAAAAGUGAGUAAACAAAAUGCAGCCAAAAACCUGGAGCUCUAAGAAAUGAGGUUAAAGUGAUGGUCUCAAAAACUGCAGUUCCUCGAGUGUCCACUAGAGGCCGUCUACCAAAGUGAGUCAGUGCCCAUAGCCCCCCAUAGAAAAAAGUCGUAUUUUUUUAUUAUUAUUAUUAUAAUUAUUAUUAUUAUUAUGUAAUUUUUUAUUGUUAUUAAUAUAUUAUAAUAAGUAUAAUAAUAAUAAUAAUAAUAAUAAUAAUUAUUAUUAUUAUUAUUAUCAUUAUUAUUAUCAUUAUUAUUAUUAUUAUCAUUAUUAUUAUUAUUAUAAGCCUAAUUUGGUGGUUUAAUGAUCUAGACCUCCAUGUCUGACCUCAUGAUGGUCGUUAGGUGGUGCACAGUCAAGGUCAAAAAGGGGUCAGAGGAAGUCGGAGUAUCAGCAAUUUUUCUUCUUCUCUGGUUCCACAUUUUGUUUCUUCUUCUGGGGUUUUCAGCUCCAAUGAUGAAGGAGCGCCCGAGCUCGGCGAUCUAUCCCUCAGACAGUCUGCGUCAGUCUCUCCUGGGGUCCAGGCGAGUUCGAUCUGGUCUCUCGCUCGCCAAGAGUGUCUCCACGAAUAACAUUGCAGGGUGAGAGCGGAUGGCAGCUGAUUGGUUCUCUAAUUCAACACAGCAACAAAAACUUACCUGUAUCCCUCUCUGUCUCUCUGUCUCAGGGGGUCUGAGGACUCGGUGGGUCUCAGGAGGAUCCUGUCUCAGUCCACCGAGUCUCUGAACUUCAGGAGCAGAACUCUGUCCAUGGAGUCUCUGACCGACGACAGUAAGUCCUCCUCUGAUCAGACGAUUGGUGACGAUACCUUUUUGUUGUGUUGUGUAUUGAUGUGUUGUUGUUGUUGUUGUUGUUGUUGUUGUUGUUGUUGUGGUGGUGGUGCAGGUGAGUGGUGGUGGAGCCCCCUGCUGGAGGAGCUGCAGGUGGAGGGGAGCUGUGUGCAGGCCGACAGCUGGAGUCUCGCUGUGGAGCCGAACUUCCUGCAGACGCUCCAUAAAGAUGUUAUCAAACAGCAGGACGUCAUCUACGGUAAACACACAUGUACACACACACGCACACACACACACACACACACUCGGUCUCUCUUUGACCUCACUCUCUCUCUCUCUCUCUCUCUCUCUCUCUCGCUUUCUCUCUCUCUGUUUGACCUCUCAGAGCUGAUCCAGACUGAGUUCCACCACGUGCGGACUCUGAGGAUCAUGGAGGGCGUGUUCCGUCGGGGGAUGCAGGAGGAGGUGCUGCUGGAGGCAGGCGUGGUCCACUCCGUCUUCCCAUGUCUCGACCAGCUGCUGGAGUGGCACACACACUUCCUGUCUGAGCUGAUGAAGAAGAGAAAGGAGGGGCUCGCUGAGGGUAGCUCCACCAACUUCACCGUCCUCAGGAUUGGAGACCUGCUGCAGCGUCAGGUGAAGGCAUCAGGUGGUGUGUGCUGGUCCCAAUGACAGGUUUAUCCUAUAAUAAAAAUAAUAAUAAUGAUAAUCAUAUGUAAAUAAUAAUAAUGAUAAUCAUAAUAAUAAUAUUAAUAAUAAUAAUAAUAAUAAUAAUAAUAAUAAUAAUAAUAAUAAUAAUAAUAAAAGUAAUAAUAGUAAUAAUAAAAACAGAGACAAUGAUAAUAAUAGUAGUAAUUAUUUUAAGAACAACAACAAUAAUAAAAGUGAUAAUAAUAGUUAUAAUAAAAUAUUAAAUAUUUAAAAAAUGAAUAAUAAUUAUUAUCAUCAUUUUAAUUAUUGUGAUUAUUAAUAUUAUUGUUAUUAUUAUUUUUUAUUACUAUUUUUGAUAUUUUCAUUUUUUUUACUAUUAUUCUUAUUCUCAUUAUUUUCAUUAUUAUUAUUAUUAUUAUUAUCAUCAUUGUUUUUAUUUUAUUAUUAUUAUUAUUUUCAUUGUUAAUAUCAUUAUUCUUAUUUUAUUAUAUUAUUACAAUUAUUAUUAUGAUUAUUUUUAUGAACAUUAUUUUUUUACUGUAACUAUUAUUAUCAUUGUCAUACUCCUUCCUGUUUUUCUACUUCUAAUUAUAAUAACAAUAAUGAUAACAAUUAUUAUUAUCAUUUUCAUUAUUAUUACUAUUAUUACUAUUUGGGAUCAUUAGGACUGUCAAAGGUUUUAUUUCAGUAACCCCUAUUUAGUGUGAAAAAAAUGAAAACAAUUAUUGUUUAUUGACAGUCCCUGAAUUGGAUGAUCUGUCCCCGGCUAAAGCUGUCCCCGAAAAUGUCCCCGAUUUAAGCGUUUUAUGAAUGAGAACAAAAAUGUUGCAUGUGGGCAAGAACAACGGUUGUUACAGUGGGUAGGAAGCACAAGUAAGCAGUCCUGAACAACAGUAUUUACGGGGGUUAUUAAAACGGGGCGUGCGCUGCUACUAAAUAGUACCGAGAUUUUGUCUGUGAUCACACAGCCCAUGCAGCUCAUGCCCAUUUAUUUCCAAGAUGAAUUCAUUCAUUUGUUCAUUCCUAUCCUGUUUACAUGUUUUGUGUGAUAUGUCGGCCAUAUGAGUCUUCCAUAAAAGUGGUCAUCCGGAGAAGUAAGUGGGUCCGUGCAGUCCCUGAAAACUCUCGCGAGCCGGAGUGCUCCUCCUCGGACUAUGCGAGCACCGAGGUCUAUAGGAUCCUCCAAGAACGGACAAGCCGUUUUUCGAGAGAGCUCAUUGGUCAGUGGGCAGGUUUUUAUACUCAGUGAGUUCAAUCUGGAACUUAACCUGCCCCGGAGCAGGUUAGCCGUUCAGCGUAUGUUGCCAUGGAGACUCGCCUCGCUAAGAAGUGAACCCGCGUCGUAGAACAGGAAACCCGAACUUAUCCUCGAAGUUUCCUCGCUAAGCAGUAAUCCUGCUUCGUAGAACAGGCCCCCGGAGCAGGUGCGCCGUUCAGCGUACGUUGCCAUGGAGACUCACCUCGCUAAGAAGUGAACCCGCGUCGUAGAACAGGAAACCCCGAACUUACCCUAAAAGUUACCUCGCUAAGUAGUAAUCCUGCUUCAUAGAACAGGCCCCAGGUCAGUGAGGGAGAUCAGAAACACUUUUAUACUGACUCUGUGUGUGUGUGUGUGUGUGUGUGUGUGUGUGUGUGUGUGUGUGCAGUUCUCAGGCCAGUCUGCAGACGACAUGAAGAAGAUGUACUCAGAGUUCUGCAGUCGACACCCUAAAGCCGUCAAACUCUACAAAGAAGUUUUGACUCGAGACCGAAGACUGCAGCAGUUCAUCCGUGUAAGGACCAGUUUAGACCGGCUCAAACCAGUUUGUUCUGAUACCAUCCCAAUCAUAUUCACUGUAAGCCUUUUCUCCAUCCUAUAAUGCUCAGCGUGUCGGUCGGGGUCCUCUUCUGCGUCGCCAUGGCGUUCAAGAGUGUAUUCUGCUGGUGACACAACGGAUCACAAAAUACCCUGUCCUCCUCCAACGAAUCAUCGACAACACCAAAGGUACAAACAAUUGUGGAUGACUUCUGACCUCUGAUGACCUUUACAUUUUAAUACCUCUGACCUUUAUUAACCCCUGACCCCUGGCUUUACCUGUGUGACCUUUAACCUGUGCUCUUACAGGAAGUGAGGAGGAGACAGAGUCCUUGAGCUGGGCCCUGCUUCUCCUGAAGGAGCUGCUCAGCGGCGUGGAUCAGGAGGUCCUGGAGCUGGACCGGACCAGGAGGCUGCAGGAGGUUCAGGCUCGUCUGGACCCACGGGCUCAAGCGGAGGUGAGGGGAGGAGGCGUGUUUAGAGGAGGCGAGCUGAUGAGAAGGAGGCUCCUCCACCAGGGGACGCUGCUUUGGAAGGUGCAGGGCUCCAGAAUGAAAGGUAAACCACACCGUCUCACCUGUUCACCUGAAGUGACAUCACAGCUGCUUACUCGCCUCUCUGUGAUUGGCUGCAGAUGUCCAGGUGCUGCUGAUGUCGGACAUCUUGGUUUUUCUCCAGGAGAAAGAUCAAAAGUUCACCUUCGCAUCCCUGGUGAGUCACAAAUGAUGAAUGUACUUAUUUAUUCUAUUUAUGUUGUAUUUUUUAAUUGUUAAUAUUAUUUAAUUUUGCUUAUUGAGUAAAGGUUUAAAGAAUAGUAUAAUGCUUCAUCCUACUCAUUUUCAGACAUGUUGAGUUCGCAUCAUUAUUAUCUUUUUUGCUUUGAUUAUUGUUUUUGUUGUUUUGAAUAUUUUGUUUGUUUGUUUUUAUUUUACUUUUGGUGUUGCACGCACAUGUUCGACAAAAAUAAUAAUAUGAAAACAAAAUUAAAAAGAAAUGAAAGUCACACCUGUUCACACCUGGCCACCUGACCGCCUGUACACAACCCCAGAACUGUGUCACUUACCUGUAACUCACCUGUGUCUCACCUGGAUCACUCACCUGUGUCGCUCUGCCUCAGGACAAGUCACCUGUCGUCUCCCUGAACAACCUUAUCGUCAGGGACAUAGCCAACCAGGAGCGAGGGAUCUACCUGCUCAGUCACUCCACCCCCCCUGAGAUGUACGAACUGUACGCCGCCUCAAAAGACGAUCGCAAAGCCUGGAUCACCCGGAUCCAACAGGCCGCUCAGAGGUAAGAGGUUACUCCUCCCAGUUUAGUGUGUAUUGCUGUGUAGUAUUGUGUAUUAUUGUGUAGUAUUGUUGUGUAGUACUUUGUAGUAUUGUGUAGUUCUCAGUACUUCCUCUUCUGUUCUCAGCUGUCCGUCCAGAGAGGAGUUCCCGCUCAUCGAGACUGAAGACAAAGCUUUACUGAGGAGGCUCAGAGGUACAGCACCUCCUUCAUCACCUCCUCCUUCUGCUUUCCACUUUGUCCUUUUAAUCAUCCACACCUCCUUCUUUUCUCUUCUGUCCUCCUACAAAUUUGUCCCUCCUCCUCCUCCAAAGCUGUAGACACCUCCCGAACCUCCCUCUGAACUGUUUUGCUAUUGCACCUCCUGUCCCUUCUCCUUUUUACUGAGGACAUUGUUUCUGUCUCCUCUAAACAGCAGCUCCUCCUUUUUCUUCAUCUUUAUUAUCAGCACCUACCGUCUGUGUCUGUGUCCCUCUCUGCACCUCCUCUCUGUGCUCCUUGACCACCUGCACCUGCUUUUGAGCUCCAGUUUCUGUGGUCAGAAUAAAUUUCAUAUUUAUUGAGUAUUUCACCUCCUCGACUUCACUCCUCCCUCCUUCUUCAGCUGACAUCCAGCAAAAGGACAGGGAGGUGCUGGAGCUCCUGCAGGAGCGGGUCACUCUGUUUUCAGACCUGGUGGAGGCGAUGGGCAGAGGCUCCACAGAAGAAGAUGAAGGAGAAGGUUUGGACCUCCGCACCUCCUCCUCCACCUCCUCUUCCUCUCGCAGGAACCUGUUCAGAGCGAACACUCCUCAGGCUCUUCAGGCCGAGCCGCUCCUCAGCGCCUCCAUCGCUGACGGUGAGUUUGAGUUCUCGGUCUGCGGUGAGUUUAAAAUCAGAGACGCUCUGAACCAAACCUCUGUGUGUUUUUGACGGUUUUAGUUGACCAGCUGACGGAGCUGCUGCUCAACUCCAACACUCAGAAAACCACCGUAACCAACGGCAACCAGGAGCUUAACAGUGAGUCACCUAUCAGUGUAUCAGAAUCUGUUCGUGGUGUUAAAGGUGUGUGGUCAGCAGACAGUUGUCAGUCUGGAGCGAUGCUGCCCUCUAGUGUUCUUCGGUGAACAGAGUCCCUCACCUGUCUCUCUCUGUCUCUCUCUUAGGUGGUGAUUCGAACUCUCUGAACGGCUCUGAGGAGACAAACGGCUCCUCCAAGGUAAAGCCUCACCUUUGAUCUUUGACCUGUUUGUUAGUUUAUAAGCACAGAUCAUCAGCAGGUGAACAUGUGUGUGUAAACACUGAGGAGGAGGCUGAUUAAUGAGUCUCUCUAUUUUUGCUGAAAUUUCAGGAUAAAAACGGGAACCAGCUGCAGGAAGGAAUGAUCUACCCGGUAACAACCACUUCCUCUUUUCUGUCAUGUGACCUGAACAUAGAGGAAGCAUGGUCGUUAACUGACAGUAUUGAUCAAUCUGCUCUGAGUUUGAUCGCAGUGAACCUCUGAUAGAUUUUAUAAUGGAUCAUCUUUGUAUAUAAUUAAACAGAAAAAAACAACAAAGUCACGCGGCAAACAUCUUUUUCUUUUUGACUUUAUGAUAAGUGCACAUGCAACGCUCCUGAAUAUCAGAUAAUUAUUCUGAUUUCUGUCUCAGUUUUCUUUUUUUUGCAUCGGUAACUUCCGUUGUGACUUCUUUAUUUUGCAUUUUUUUAAUAUGCAGCAGUGGCAGUUCUCAGCCACCAUAUUUUUCUGAGUGUGUAUAAUUCAAAGAAAAAACAGGAUUUUGUUUUUGCAUGACUGGACACUAAUUGUAGGAUUUAGCGAUAGUCUACAGAUCAGUAUUUGUUGGACUAAACCCUGAAUUUUAAUCUCAGUUUUUGGUACAUACUUGUGCUCAGUUUUAUUGACUAACCACCAAAUCAAACCUCCUCAGGUAAAAUUAAGUUCAUUUGGGUAAAGAAUUUAAGGAAAUAUGUGGGGUGGUCUCAUAUUUUGUUGACAAACUUGUUCAGCUUCUUUCCAAUCAGAGCUGAGGAUUCUCACUAACUUAGCCACUCCUCCUCUCAGCAGAUCCGUCAGCGAUUGGUCAGCCUGAGCACACACCUUCACGCCCUGCAGGUACGACAAAUGUUUUCCUCGAGUAACCCAACAGUAACUGUCAGCUGUUCAACCACAUCCUCAAAACACUUUAACUCCGCCCUCAGGCUGCUGUGAUUCGUCAGGACUCAAUUUUGGAGCUGUCAGUCACAGGACCCUCCCCCUCUACUACCUCUUUCCUCCCCUCCCAACCGCGCCUCAAUCGGUCGAUGUCAAAGGAUGCAGGAUUGGACUCCAACGGGGAAGCGGAGCUUCUUCGACUGAAGGUGGAGUUUCUACAGGAAGAGCUGGCACAGUUACGACUAAAGGGGGAGGGGCCUCAGGGAGAGGGGGUGGAGCCAUGCAGCAGAAAGCGAAGCAACGGAGAUAUCAGUAAUGUCAUCAAGAAAGAACAGGUGAGUCAGGUGAACUAAUCCACGACAGCAGGAUUAACUAAACCAGGACUAAACUUAAUUCCCUUAAACUAAACCAGAAUAAACUUAACCAGGGGCCUGUUCUAUGAAGCAGGAUUACUGCUUAGCGAGAUAACUUCGAGGAUAAGUUCGGGGUUUCCUGUUCUACGACGCGGGUUCACUUCUUAGCGAGGCGAGUCUCCAUAGCAAUAUACGCUGAACGGCUAACCUGCUCCGUGGCAGGUUAAGUUCCAGAUUGAACUCACCGAGUAUAAAAACCCCGCCCACUGACCAAUGAGCUCUCUCGAAAAACGGCUUGUCCGUUCUUGGAGGAUCCUGUAGACCUCGGUGCUCGCAUCGUCCGAGGAGCACUCCGGCUCGCAAGAGUUUUCAGGGAGAGUUUUCUCCGGAUGACCACCUCUAUGAAAGGCUCAUAUAGCCGACAUAUUACACAAAACAUGUAAACAUGAUAGGAAUGAACAAAUGAAUGAUUCAUCUUGGGAAUGAAUGGGCAUCACAGACAACAUCUCGGUACUAUUUGGUAGCAGCGCACGCCCCUUAUAAUAACCCCGUAAAUACUGUUGUUCAGGACUGCUUACUUGUGCUUCCUACCCACUGUAACAACCGUUGUUCUUGCCCACAUGCAACAUUUUUGUUCUCAUUCAUGAAACGCUUAAAUCAGGGACAUUUUCGGGGACAGCUUUAGCCGGGGACAGAUCAUCCAAUUCGGGGACUGUCACCUUAGUUAAAAGCGCAUGUUGAACAGUGCUAUUUCAGGGUGAUAAUGGCAUCAAAGAUUACUUUUCUGCCAGCGUUCCCUCUGUGCUUUUGCAGCGGCGACGGUGUUGCUUUUGAGGUUUGUGAUAGCUUUGAAUUCUUCAUACUUUCUCAUGAUCGUCUCCUGUUCCUCGUUUGUAAAGUCCGCGGUCCUUCACUCUCCAGCCUGCUGCUCUGACGCUCCAGACUGAUCCAUGUUCGCGAUUGGUCAGAUGCGGCGAGCUCCACCUUAUAUGUGUGCAUGCGCUCAUAGCAAAGCUGGAUCUACUUAUGAGGUUGAUAACCAGCGUCGUAAAACCGCUUAGCGAGACCGCUGGCUACUGCGCUAAGUUGAGCGAGGUAGCUCCAAGGCUACCUCGCUAAGUUGAACUUGCUUCGUAGAACAGGCCCCAGGACUAAACAUAAUGCCCUCAAACUAAAUCAGGAUAAACUAAACCAGGACCAAACUUAACCCCCUUAAACUAAACCAGGAUUAACUAAACUGGGGUAAACUAAACCAGGAUUAACUAAACUAGGAUCAACUAAACCAGGAUGAAACUUAACUCCCUUAAACAAAACCAGGAUUAGCUAAACCAGGGUAAACUAAACCAGGAUUAACUAAACCAGGACUAAACUUAACCCCUUAAACUAAACCAGGAUAAACUAAACCAGGACUAAACUUAACCCCUUUAAUUAAACCAGGAUAAACUAAACCAGGACUAAACUUAACCCCCUUAAAGUAAACCAGGAUAAACCAAACGUGAUAAACUAAACCAGGACUAAGCUUAACCCCCUUAAAAUAAGACAGGAUAAAGUCCAUGUAGGUUCUCAUUCAUCCAGGUCAUGGUUUUCUUGAAGACUCCAAAAACAGGCAACUGGACUGUGUAGACUUGAGAAGACGUUUCGCCUCUUAUCCAAGAAGCUUCUUCAGUUCUAAAUAUUGCUAGUGUGAGGAGCAGAUAUUUAGAACUGGAAAAGGGGACAGACAAAGACUCGGAGGAGUUGGAAAGAAUGGGUUGUAGAAACCCAUCCCCGGGUGUUGACCCUGAGGGUCGUUAACGACCCCUAUCAUGUGACUACAUGACUCAUGCCACCUGGGUCAUUUGGUCCCAGGUGUGAAUGUUUGUGGAGCUUCCUGGGGAGAGAGCUGAGAACUGCAUUGUGAGUGCCGGAGAGAUUGUGCCUGAGUCCACUCCCUCUGUUCAGAGAAGGUUCCUCCAGUCUGGUAAAGAUGGCUUCUUUAACUCCUCUUUCAAACCAUCUGUCUUCUCUAGCCAACACCUGUACAUUGCUGUCCUCAAAAGAGUGACCUGUGUCCUUUAAGUGAAGGUGGACAGCUGAGUCCUGACCUGAGGAAGUAGCUCUCCUGUGUUGAGCCAUGCGAUUGUGAAGCGGUUGUUUAGUUUCCCCAAUGUACAGAUCCGAGCAUUUCUCGCUGCACUGGACAGCAAACGGGUCAUUCCAUGUCAAUUCUUUUAAAUCCCACAUCAGCCUUACCACUCGCACUGCCUAUUUCCACCUCCGCCACAUCAAUCGUCUCCGCCCCUCCCUCUCCCCCAACACCACCUCCAUCCUCGUCCUCAGUCUCGUCACCUCCCGUCUGGAUUACUGCAACUCCCUCCUCUUCGGUCUCCCUUACACGUCUCUCCAUAAACUUCAACUGGUCCACAACUCCGCUGCCCGUAUCAUCACCAAAACCCCUUCGUCCCACCACAUCACCCCCAUCCUUCAGCAGCUUCACUGGCUCCCGGUCCCUCUACGAAUCCAGUUCAAAAUCCUCCUGUAUACCUUCAAAGCCAUCCACAACCUCGCCCCUCCUUACCUAUCUGACCUCCUCCACAUCGCCACUCCAACACGCCACCUCCGUUCCUCUUCCUCUCUCCACCUCUCUGUGCCCCCUGUUCACCUCAGCACUAUGGGGGGCAGAGCUUUCAGUCGCUCUGCCCCCCGACUCUGGAACUCUUUACCAUCACACAUCCGCAACAUAGACUCCCUCCCCCUCUUCAAGUCCAAACUCAAAACACCUGUUUAAACUGGCAUAUCCCUCCCACCACCCCUAACCCACUUUUUUAAAUUAAAUUUCAAUUGGUAUUAUUAAUUUCUUUAUUUAUUCCUUUGCUGUUGUUCAUGUUUAAUGUUGCUUUGUUGAUUUUAACUGUUUGAUGAUUAAUGAUUUUAAUUGUUAAUAGUGUUUUAUUAUUGUUUUUAUAUGUUCUGUAAAGUGUCCUUGAGUGACGUGAAAGGCGCUUCAAAUAAAAUGUAUUAUUAUUAUUAUUAUUAAUUCAACCAAGGAUCUCCACUCACGUCACAGAUUUUGAUGAAAUUUGGUGGAGUGAUUGGCCUUCAGGAGAAACUGUUAGAUCUCAGAUAUUUUUGUUCAAAGCCAUCUAAUUAGUGAGAUAGGGGCUAAUGAAUUUUUGGCUAAUUAGCAUGACAUGCGUUACAAAAGUGUUCAUAUCUCUGGAAGUAUGGCACCUAGAGAGCUGAUUCAGUUGUCGUUUUAAAGCUCUCUUCAAGUCCUAUCUUUUUCUUCAUAACCUUUUUUCCCAAAUUGGACCAGAAAAAAUUAUUAAAGACCAAAAACUUAAAUUGGAAAUAGCAAAAAACGCGCGUCGACUAGCAUCUCUGCAAGUUUCAGGAUGGGCAUUCCAUAACUUUUUGAGUAAUCAGUCAAAAUGCGUGGUACAUUAGGUCAAAAAUCGCCAUAUUCGGCACAUUAUACAGUCCUGACCUCAUCUGGAGUCAGCCCCACUUGCCUGCUUGUGUAAAAUAUUACUUCCUCAUAGUGCAAAAUGCUUUUUUUGAGUGUUUUCAUUUUUGUAUGUUAUCCCAUAUUUAUAUGAAAAAUGGCUAGAAUAGCUUAUUUUUGCUCAGUUUUCCAUCGCAUUUCUUUUCUAUUUGCACCUAUAUCCAGAAUAUGAAUGAUCUUAGCUUCAUGGGAGAAUCAUUUGGACAUAACUGCAUGUCCUGGAUCCUAGGGUUGACAAAUAACUUCUACCUAUGCACCCUGAAAUUUUGUUGCUGGUUUCCCUGUGAAGUAUUCCAGGCUAUUUAUCCUGAGCCCUUUCAACGUUUGCUUUAUACUUCAAAAGUACUUUUAGCAUGGUAAUCAAGCUUUGUGCAGCUUUUCGAUAUUGUUAGUUUGUUUACAAAUAGGAAAGAAUGUAUGAACUACAAAGAGUUUGAUAGUGUCAGUGUAAGGAGUGAUGGUUCCCCAGUCGUCUAGGUCUUCUGGCUUUCAGUACAUGCAAAUCUGCAAAACAUGCACAUUUUUUUUUUUAGUUCAACCACAUUGACAUGAUCAUUGGGUCCUAUUGUUUUUUCUCAUAAUGCGAUUUCAUCCAACAUUUGUAUACAAGGCCUGUCCUCAGGUGAAGAGGUCACACAACCUCCAUUUUUUUGAUCGAGCAACAUCCCUUCGAUUUACUGGACUGGAUUCAUCUGAUUCAAGUAAGUAAAAUGCUUUAAAUAUUUUUUUUGUGUUUAUUACAAUGUGUAUAACAUGAACAUAUGUAGGUAUUGUGGAAAAUAUGCCUUACAUUUUAUUUAGAGCUUGUUUUAUAAUUGUUGCAAUAUUACAACGUUGGGUCAAAGUGGUAGCCAAAACAGCCCUGUCUUGAGAGGAAUGUCUUUAGAUGAAAUUUUUACUUUAAAGUUAUAUUUUUACAAUAUAAUUUUAAACUACACAUGAUUUACAAAUUCUAGCCUUAGCCUUAUAUUACAUUACAUAUUUUAUUGUAUUAGAAACUAUAUAUUAAGAUAUAUUGCUGUAUCUAAACAUUUUCAUUUACUUAAAAUGAUUUCUAACCACCUUCAACACUCUCAGUAUUUUCUCCUUAUCACAGAAUGCAGGACUUUCUAACAAAGAAAUUCUGUUUGUGCAUGUCUGCCCUUUGUCUUAGUCUUUAUUGAUAAGAAAAUGCUCCUAUCAAUUCUUAGUCAAAGCAGUUGUGGGGGAUGUUCCUGGUGCAUUUGUGGCAUGGUUCUGGAACAGGUGUUAAGGCGGCAGUAGCUCAGGAGGUAGAGCGGUCGUCCAAUGACCGGAAGGUUGGCGGUUCGAUUCCCCCCUAAUCCAAGUCUGUCGGUUGUGUCCUUGGGCAAGACACUUAACCCACCUUGCUCCCAGUGUGUGUCCUCCACUGGUGUAUGAUUGUGAGUGUUGUGUGGUGGUGGUCGGAGAGGCCGUAGGCGCAGAAUGGCAGCCACGUUUCCACCACCACCAAAGUGUGACUGUGUGAGCGAAUGAAUGAUGUAUCCAAUGUAAAGCGCUUUGAGGGUCUCUGAUAAAGCGCUAUAUGAAAUCUGAUGCAUUAUUAUUAAUGUUCAUGGAUAUAAGGUGUGGUUGUAAGCUGGAGGCUACAUGCAUUCUCAUUACGAUGAUAAUCACAGUCUCCAAUAGGUCAAUAGGUCAGUAUUGUGUGACCAGUGAAAUGUGUGAACAGGCUACUUCAGUGCAAAGUGUAAACACUUCAUAAUGAAAUCAGUCUCCCCACCACCCCAUCCUUUCUGUUGGCCAUCUCGAAUCUAGUAGGCAUGUGUGUUAUUUGUAUAUACAUUUAUUUCAAUUUAAUUUUUUCCAUUUCAGAAUGCCACUUGCAAGGGGAGAUCCUUGGUACAGUGUGCAGGAUGUAACUGCCAUAAUCCAAAACGGAGAGAGUGAUGUGGACAUGGAUUUCGACAACACUGAUGCAAGUGACGAAGAAUCAGAUAGCGAUGCCAAGAACUGCUUCAAGGACUAUCACUGCAAAUAAAUGUGGAUGUGCACACAGACUUUACUCGACAUUUUCCACUGAAGACGAAGAGAGGACACUGCAGACAUUGCAGUAAAGGCAAAGCAAGUGUGAUGCUGUGAGACUGGGUUGGAUAUCUGCCUCUGCUUUUCAGAGGACAAGAACUGCUUAUAAUGUAAAUAAUGUAAAUUAAUUUCAAAGUUCUUGCUGGAAUAAAUUACUCUUUAUAACAACAUGACUGAGAUUAUUAUUCAUGUUAUAUACUGAUUUGGGAACAGCAAAACCCUGCAAAUGAUCCUUAGUUCUGUAUUGCUGUUCAGACAAGGAGUGGAAAUACAGGAGAUCCUGCUCCCCAUUAAGCCCAACGUUGCAAUAUUACAACAUUUCCAUAAAAACUUACUAUAACAUAAUUGUUUGAAAACACUCCAUUUUCACCCCCAAAGGCCUCCUACAACAACAUCUGAAUGGUGGAAAUUUUUUUUUUUUGCGUUUUUCUAUAUUUGGGUUUUACAGGGUUAACUGAGAUGAAUUCAACCAGAGACUAGUUAACCAGGAUUAAAUGAACCAAGACAAACUAAACCAGGGUUAAGUGAACCAGGUUUAAGUAAAUCUGGUUUGACCUGAUAAAGUUUGUUUGUGUCAGCAGGUUAGCCGGAGGCGUGGCAGCAGAGACUCAUUGGUCAGUAAGGAUUCUGCCGACCAAUUAGACGGCGUUCAGGAAGGAAAUGAGGAGGAAGGAGAGGAAGUGAGGAUCUCUCCUCGCUCCGACAGUCCCAGAGGUGGGUACGAUCAGGAACGAUAAGUUUUAUUCAUGAUGAUUUAUUUAACCCUUCAAGUUCAAUAACCUAAGUAGGUAAACAUAAAGAUCUGUCAUUAAAACAGAAUUUAAAUAUUCGUGGGAUUUUAGCUUUUAUUGUUUGUGAGUUUUGUAACCAUGGUUACUUGUGACCUCUGACCUUUCAGACCUACAGGACAUCCCAGAGGAAAGCGAGUGUGGGGCUGAUCCUAGUUAACAUCCCACCUCCACCUGUCCACCUCAGGGACCUCUGACGUCACUGUGAUGUCACACUGAUGUCACUGAAAGGGGCUCAGACUUUUAUUUUGAAAGUUGGAUGCUGGAGUCAAAGUCGUUUCCUGAAACAGAGGUUUUCCUCGUUUCCAAUGUGUUUUUUAAAUGUUGCUGUAAAUUAGAAACAUGUGACCCGAUUACAACAUCAUUUCAGCUGGAGCCCCGCCCACACUACCUUGGUCAGGUGACUGUAUUGGGCGGGGCAAGACUUGUGGCCACACUACAUUUCCCAGAAUGCCUUUGGAUCUACACAGCUGUAGCAGUGACAGCUGUGUUUAGUUGCUGUGGGGAAGGGUGGGGUGGGCUGGGGUGGGGGGAUCUGUAACCAUGUGUGUGACAGGCGGACUUUAAACUGUAUUUAUGUCGUUUUUUACUGUUUUUAACUUUAAACUAGUGAAACAUUAGCUGGAUGAGAUUAUGUCGGAUUUAAAACAUCAAACUCUCAGAUUGACUGAAAAUGUUUUAAAAUUCAACAAAAAAACAAAAACAAAUCCAGAAUCAAAGUCUUGUAACACGUCUGAAUCUUGAAACCAGUUUAAAACUAAAUUGGGAUGAAAAUAAUAAUAACUACAAUUAUCUGAUUAAUAAUGAUGUUUAAAAUCCUGUAAUCUAGUAAUUAAUCCAAUGAAUGCCCUGAUAAUCUGAUGGCAUGACCAAUAAUCAAUGAGAGUAUUUUUUUAAAAAUCCAGAGACUUCGAGAGAAAAGUCUGAAUUCUAAAAGAAUAAUGUUGUAAAGUCGAUUUUAGGAGGAUCAAGUUUUUAAAGUCGUCAUAGAGAGAAAGUCGUGACAGCGUGAGAAUAAAGUCGUCAUGUUACAUCUUGAUCGAGUUUUUCAGCAGGGUUGCUGAUGUGUGCGUGCAUCACUGUGCAGUAAAAAUCAAAUCAGCUGGAACCUGCAGAGCUCUGACGUGCAGACAGCAGGGAGACAGGGAAGUGUAGGAACACCGAAAAAUAGAGGAAAAACUUUAUUUUUCUUUUUACUCUGCUUUUGAAGGACAAACAUUUACUGGUCACUCAGUGCGUAGCUCUUUGGAAAAUCCACCUGCAUUCGUGAUAAUCCUGGGGCUGCUCAAUUUUAGUGAAAAUCACGAGUUAAUUUGUAUGGUGAUUAUUGAAAACAAAUAUUCUGGUCGGACAGCUGCAUCACACUCAUUUUUAAAACCUCUGAAUCCUCAUAAAAACACAGUUAUUGGGGAAAAGUGAAGUCUACCUGAUUGUUCACUAAAGAAUAUCUGUCUGUUUAACUGGAAGAUUAAAUUCAGUUUAAAAAAAUCAUACAUUGGACAAACGUAAGGGACUGCGCUUCAUUUCCUCACUUUCUCAUGACAUAAUCCACAUUUAAUCCUCUCAGCAUCAAAACAACUUAAUUCUGGUGAUAUUUCCACUUUAUACUCUCAACACUGACUUUGUUCUUGUGAUAUUUCGACUUCACUUCUUAACAUGGCCCUAAUCUCCUCUCUGUUGUCAUAAUCUGAUCAGAUGGAUGGGGGGGUUGUUAGUGUUGUUAGCAUAUGUGCAUGUUAGCAUGUUUCUGAGAGACUUGUAUAAAAUCUAAGCACCAGGGUUAGUUCAGCCGAUCAGUGCGUCUGAGGAUGUUUAUUUUUGUUUUUUUGUUUAUUUUUUUUUAAUGAUAAUGAUUAACCAAAACACUUUGAUAUCUGCAGAGCAGAUCUUUAUUGAUGAUGUUGAACAGCAGCUGUCUGUGCGGAGCAGGAAGACACAUGUUUUUAAAAAAGUUUUAGCUUCUCUUCAGCGCUGACUUUUUGUUCGCUAAACUUUUUACACUUUUAAUCUGAAAGAAAUGCCAUUAAGCUGUUGCCAUGGUGACAGACAACCACGGACAUUUCUGUGUCUUCACUGUGACUCUAAAAAAAUGCUGGAUAAAAUUAAAAAAAAAAAAGGAGUUUAAACAUCACCUCAAGUGAGCAACACAAAGAUCCUCUAUUCAGACAGAUGCCCAGGUGGUGCUCAGGUGCUUGACAGCAGUCUGACCCUCAGACUGAUCCAGAAUCCAUGCAGCUUUGAUUUUAAUGUAUUUCAUCUCUGAGAAGUGAAAAUUGAAGUACUUUACUCUGAGGAGUAAAAACUGAAGUACUUUACUCUGAGAAGUAAAAACUGAAGUACUUUUACAGUCUGAGUGGAAAAAAAGAAGUGUUCUUACCAUCUGAAGUGAAGUGUUUGUAAUUUGGGAAGUGAGAGCUGAAGUAUUUUUACUCUCUGGAUGGCGAAAUACGACUAAUUGUACUUUCUGAACAGGAUUAUUUUUACUGUAGAAACAUUAGACUGAAUUAGUUUGUGUAUAAAUUUGAUCAGAAACUGUAAAUGAAGUUUGUUGUUCGUGUUUCUAUGCUCUGACUAUAUGUCUGUGUGUUAAUAUAAAUCUAAUCAGCUGCUCAGUG